CUUUAUGCCUCCCACAAGUUAAAUAUUAUUACAUCCACACAUUAUGUGGACAUGUUGCCAUGAGUACAUUUGACACAGGAGCUGACCCCAGGAUGAGUUCAGAUUUGAAUACCUACCAGCACUGUAAUGUAUACACAGCAUUAGGCUGUGUAUAUCCCAUAGUCUGCAUUACAUUGAGCAUAACUGCAGUUAUUGGUUUACUGGCUAUAGUCACAUUUUGAUGUAAUAUUUUUGAUAGGAUGUUAACCUGUAUAUGGGCUUGUUUGUUUUUCAUGUGGUGCAAUCAGGGUUUAAUUUGUUGGACUAGACCAGUAACACCCUGUUGAUUAGACUAAUCAAGGUAAUAAAGACAGUCAGUCAUCGUUUCACUGGUUUGGAAUAUGUAAUGCAAUCAUUGGUGCACACAGGUGUCACUGCAGCCUCUCCAUGUGACUCCGCGUGGAAUGAAACUCAAACUCCCCCACCAUUGUUCCACACAAAGAGCAUUUCCACUUUCCAGCAUCAUGUUCUGGGCCACAUACCAGUAAUACCUCUGUAGUGUGAAUGGUGACAGCCGUCAGCUCGUUCACACUUCCAGCGUUUUCACUGCUCGUUCUGCGCUUCUGUGGCGAAGUUUGUCUUUCACCAUCAUGGUUUAAUGUGGAGAGUUCAGGAAUAUAGCGUGAGUGACUGAGUGUGUGUGUGUGUGUGUGUGUGUGUGUGUGCGUGUGUAUGUGUGUGUGUGCGCGCGUGAAAGAGAGAGAGAGUGUAAUUUCACACAGUGGAAGUUGGAAAGGUGAAGUGACUUUACGCACAAACUCCUCUCCAUCCAAAGAGCGGGAAUACUUGGAAGUAAAAGAGUGUGGAGGAGGAGGAGGACGAGGAGGAGAAGGAGGGAUGGCGGAGGAAAGACUCGACGAUUCGUUUCCAGAGCUGAAAGAGGUGGAAAAUAAGAUCGGGAGGAAAACACCGGAGAGUCUUCUGAUGUGGAUGAGGGAUGCUGCGGACUGCGGAGACGGCUGGAGGUCUGAUGUGGUCGACAACGGAGACCACAGCUCCGAACUCAGCGGUGGCUUUUCUGACAAGAUCAGCAGCUUAAAACAAGAGAUGAGGUGGCUACGUUCUGCAGACGUAAGGAUUCUGCGUCAGCUGGUGGCCGUGCACGAGGGUAUCGAGGCCAUGCGUUGGCUGAUGGAGGAGCGGGGAGCCUUAGUCAGUCGAGGCAGCAGCUUGACAGGCAGCCUGAGCAGCCUGGUCACUGUGGAGGAGGGGCCCUCAGGGACCCCCUGCAGGGAAAGCCCCAGUCCAACCUGCCCCCACACUGAUGAUGGUGAUUCAGACCACAAGAGCUACUUUGACGUGCUGAGCCCCGAGUCUACUGAAGCGAGACCUCACAGUCCUUCCAACUUCAACUCUGAAGUCAGUGGUUCCACACAUGGCAGGCAUGGUCUGGCAUCGUCUAAUCCUGCCAAUGGCUCGGUUGGUGCCAGUUUACAAAAGUCACAACCGCAGGACUUGGACAUGGAUCCAUUUGAAGAUGUGAAAGCUGGCACCAUCAGAAGAGCUCUGCUCAGAUCUAACAGACCAAGAAAUAAAGUGGAUACUGGUAGUCUUACCCUGGCCCAAGAGUCCGGGGAGACACAGACAGAAGACAGUCUGCCUCAGGAGAGUUUCGAUGCCUCUCAGAGCAAGAUGAUGGAAGAGGAAAGCAGUCCACCUGAUGGCGAGAAGUUGUUGCUGGGGUACGAUGCUCAAUGGUGCUGGGUGGAGUCACAGGAUGAUGUGACGUUUUUAUGAUUUCUGUAAGCUGCUACACCUCAACCGUUAAUGUAACUGACAGCAAUGCAGUGGGAUUUAAAAUGCACUUUGAUACUCAGUGUAUCCUGUUAGAAUAAGAAUGAUGAUGCUUAACGACGAAUAUGUCACUUUUAGACUCACUCUGUCAAUGGUUUUGUUUACACUGUUUGUGUUUUUCAUUAUCUAUGUGUAUUUUAGGAGUUUCAAACCACAUAAAUUACAAAAAAAUGUAAUGAAAUUAUGAAUAUUAUGGCUUUUUUUUCUUUUUUGUUUAAAAGAAAUGAUAGAAACCUCCAUUCUUGGCUGAAAAAUGUUCUAGACACUGGGGAUUUAAUUAUUAGUAUGACAUAUACAGGAUUAAGAACUUCUUCCUUUUAUUGUAUGAAAAAAUGCAAUUAUUGAUAAAAAGUUACAGUAGUUAAUUAUUUCAGAUACUUUUUCUCUCAUAUAUUGUCCAGUCUUGAUGAAAUCUUUCACGCUUUAAGUUAAUAUGGAUACUAUGACACAACGAGAUAUAGUGAGGAUUCAAGAUGAUGCUGUUGUUCUGCUUAAAUUGUUAUGCAAUGAGCUUAUUAUAUCUUUUGGUAAUAAAGAAGGCAAAAAUGUC